AUGAGGUCUUCCAUCCUCUUCCUCUUCCUUGCUGCGCUCUUCGUCGCCCUCGUUGCGGCGCAGACCCCGACGCCGACCGACGCCCCGGAGGCAACGACGCCCGCCGAGCAGCAGUCGUCCCCGCCGUCGUCGCCAGAGGCCUCGGGGACACCGACAACACCAACCUCGACGGCAGCGCAGGGAACGACAUCCCUUCCCGGCGGCGGCGGAGGAGGAGACGACAACGGCGGCGGCACGACCACGAACCCCUCCAGCACCGCCCCGCCGGACGUCCACCUCAAGGUCCCCGAGCUCUCAGUCGGCCGCAUCGAGCUCGACGUCGACAACCUCUCGGCCGAGGUCAACCUGGCCGCCGAGAUCGCCAAGCUCGUCACCAUCAACGCCGGCGUCCAGGUCGCCGUCGAAAAGGUCAACAUCACCAUCGUCGACGUCCGCGCCGAGCUCGAGCUCGUCAUCCGCCUCGGCCACCUCGUCGACAUCGUCAACCGCACCCUCGCCUCCCUCGACCUGAACCCCCUGCUCAUCAACCUGCUCGACACCGUCGGGGACGUCGUCGACGACGUCGUGGGCGCCGUCGACGGCCUGCUCGGCUCCAUCGUCAACGGUGACACAAAGAUCAACUUCCUCAUCGACAAUCUCGGCAACAUCGUCCAGGAGGUCGCCAACGCCGGCACCACGGCCCUCAGCACCAUCAUCGGCAAUUACCAGCAGAACAUGACCCUCACGGGCUCCCAGAAGGACCUCGGCAACGGUCUCGUGCAGAAGACGUACGAGUACGCCCCGCUCAGCGCCCUCGUCAAUAUCGUCUUCAACACCCUGGGCCAGGUCGUAAGGGCCACAGUGGUCAAGGGCGGGGGGUCGGGCAGCGGCAGCUCGACGGCGUCGGGGACCGCGGCGACGACAGCUGCCCCAACGACGACGGCGGCCGCCAGUGCGUAG